GCAAGCCAGCAUGUGCCGGAGCAAGGAAGAUGCGCGCCCGUGACACGGGCAAAUGAGCUUCCCUGCACAGCUGAGCAAAUCCAGUUUGGCGACCAAGUCUAGGCUGCCCCCUUGCUGAUGCCCUGGGGGGCCGGGGGCGGGGGACAGCUAAUGGAUUUCCAGCCGGGCGUGGGAGCAGAGCACAUGCUGGGCUCCCCCUCCCUCCCGGCAGGCAGAAAGGGCAGGGAGGGAAAUUCCCCAGCAGACAGAGCGCCCAGCCGAGGACCCCGCCGGCCCGACGACAAGGCAACCCAGCGAGACGCCGACGAAGCCGCCGCCGCCGGUUGCGCGGAGCAUGCGAGCGCCGUCGGGCUCCAGCAGCGGAAGAGGCGCGCGCGGUGAGUCCAGGUGAGGCGCCGCGCUCCCGGCGGCUGCGGAGGAGCCUCCUGGUCGCCCGCCGUCAUCAUGCCCGUGGAGACGCUGCAGGCCAGCAGCCGCCACGCCGGGAAGCGGGGGCUCUUGGGCCCCCCGGCGGCGCCCUUCGCCUCGGCCAUGCCCUUCCGCAUCCUGACCAAGGGCCCCGAGUAUUUCCGCCAGCCGGCGGCCAGCGGGGCGGCCCGCAAGCCCAGCGCCGUGGAGCGGCUGGAGGCGGACAAGGCCAAGUACGUCAAGAGCCAGCAGGUGGCCAGCACCAAGCAGGAGCCGGUGAAGCCCCUUUGCCUCCGGCCCCAGCCCCAGCCGCCGCCCCUCUUCGCCCCGGGGGUGCGCAGGGUGAUGCUCACCCCCAGCCGCAAGGCCCCGCCGGGGGCCCGCCGGGCAGAGGGCAGCUGCAGCGGGGCCAAGGCCUCCCUCAACCUGGAGAUCCUCAACAACCUGAUCAACUUCUGCGACAGCCCCUUCCCCAAGCCGGAGAAGAGCCCCAAGGACCACCGGUGGCUGGCAGAGCCCCACGGCCGGACGCCGCCGGGGAGUCUCCCGGGCACCCCCAGCAAGAAGGGCCCCCUGGAAGGGAUGAGCAAGCUCUCGCAGAGCUCGGCCUCCUCCAAGCCCCCCAGCACCGUCGCCGUGCGCAGGGUGGAUGUCCGGCCCUGCGAGGUGCUGAGGGCCAGAGUCGGCCCGGCUAUUCAGCUGACGCCUGCCCCCACCUCGCCUGCCCGCCUCCGGGUCCCGUCUGCGGCUAGUCCGCUCCACUCCCCAUGCCCUUCUGGGGGGCUGCGGACGGACAGCGCUAAGCGCCAGACCCUCCUGCACCGCUCCAAGUCGGACCUGAGUGACCGCUAUUCCCGGGCCACGGCCGACCUGGAGCGCUUCUUCAACUACUGCGGCCUCGACCCCGAGGACAUGGGGGGCAUGGAAGUGGAGCGCUUCACCCGGGCCAGCUCGGACAUUGUGUCAGUCAAAUUCCAUAGCGUCAGCACUGCCAGCUCGGAGGGGACCCGAUCCCGGCGCAGCGCCAUCACCUUGGAGGAGAGGCAGGCUGAGCGCAUGCCUUAUGGCAUCUCCAUCAUUGAGCGGAACGCUCGGGUGAUUAAGUGGCUGUAUGGACUGCGGCAAGCAAGAGAGCCCCAGAAGGUAUCCAAUGUAUAGCAGUGCUUCUCUGGGCUCCAGCAGAAAGAGACACACUUUCCCCCUCAGUGUUUCUAUGUAUGUUUUGCUAUUUACAAUUGGAGGGAAAACUUUGCCACUGUUGCAUGGUUUUGUACAUGUCCCCUUGAGAAAUACCUGGACUCUGUGUGGUGGUGUGAUGGUGGUGGGUUACUCUGGUGUGCUAUGCCUUAUCCUUAAUUCCUGUGGCCCUUCCAAUUGCAUAAGGUGAGGAAAUCCACAUGUAAACAAAGAGUGUUUUGACAUGCACUUUCUGAUGUUGCAUUGGGUGCUAAUGGGAUUGCUCCUCAAAGUGGCCCCAGGAGUGCGAGCAUGUGGGAACAACCCUGCAGAACGUAUUUUUCCAGGGAUAAUCAGUCUAGGAUGAGCAGGAUCCUAUAUACUUGUUGGGCCCUGCUUGUCAACUUCUCCCAGGAAAAAUUAAGUGGAGAGCCAUGUUCACAUGGGCAUCUGAUCAUCCUGUCAGCAGUUAAGAUUGCAGCAGGAGAAUGCCUCUCCUUGGAAUGCAGCUUAGUUGCUUUGACAGAGGCCUGUUGGAUGGUGAGGAAGCACAGUUCUUGGACAAGGCUGAAGGGGGUCAGGGAGAGGACCAGAAAAGGCACUGCAGAAUAUGGGGGUUUGUUCGGCACCAGAUUCCAGGUGCAGUCAAACUGCAAGCCAGAAGUUCCAGUUUCCAAAGACUGGAUAACACCUGUUAGCGUGCUUCAUCCUAGGAACCUGCUUCCAGAACAGCAGGGAUCAGCUUUAGCAAAGGGAACAAUGGGAGUCUUAUGGCGGAGAGCUGUAAAAACCCCAGGCCUAUUGUGAGACCAGCAAAGGAAUGUAAGGUGUAUUUCUGUGCACCCAGGAAGUUCCUGCUCGGCGCUCUGCCCAACAAAUAGCCAGGCACCCGCCCAGCCUCAGUGGCAUGCUGCAUUGGGCAUGUUCCUGAUAGAUGCAAAGUUGGACAGCCCCCAGAGUCUGUCCAACAAGACCAGGAGAGCUGGGUUUGUGGGAGCAGGCAUGAAUUGUCCCCUUUGCUAAGCAGGGCCCACCCUGGUUUGCAUUUGAAUGAGAAACAGGUGUGAGCACUGUAAAGUAUUCCCCCUAGGGAUGGGGCCACUCUGGGAAGAGAGUCUGCAUGCUUGCAGACAGAAGGUUCCAGGUUCCCUCCCUAGCAUCUCCAAAACAGGGCUGAGAGAGACUCCUGCCUGCACCCAUGCAGAAGCUGCUGCCAGUCUGUCUAGACAAUACUGAACUAGAUGGACUAAUAGUCUGACUCAGUAGAAGGCAGCUUCCUGUGUUCCUCGUCUGAGCUCAAGCUGUCAAAACCAAAGGGAGUUUCAAUGCGGGCAUAGUGAAACUAUCCUUGAGAGAGCAAUAGAUGUCUUUGCAGCCCUGCUAUAAUAAGCAUGCACUUCCCAAGUCUGGGGGUCAGUUAUACUAGCUGCAAAUAUGUGCAGAGUCUGCUCCUGUCAGUCUUCUGGAAGCGAAAUACCCUUUUUCCAGAGGGUUGUGGUGUGGGGAAGCUUUGGGGAGAACCUUCUGGCAGACAACUUGAUGGAAAGCAUAACAGCCAUCUUUACAUCAGAGAAGACCCAUUGUAGUCAGUGGGAUUACCAGCCACAUUGACACACACAAUGCUCUUGAUUCUGCAGACCUCUACAGUGAAAAAUGGUAGGCUGUGUGGAAAUGCAACGACCAAUUAAGUUAAACCACCAGUCCUCCUGACUCAUUUAAGGAAAUCAAGGUUACUUUUGGCUGUGGUUUGGAAAAUGGCUUGAAGGUCUCUUCCCCUCCCAUCUGCAACCAGGCAGUAAGGAGCAGAGUGGUGUACAAUCAGUGCCCUAUGUGUUGUGGGGAUUCUGGGUCUGGCCUGCACUUCGGAAGAUGCAGCUGGUGGCUCUGUUGCUGCUCUGACUCUGUUCCCAAACUCAGAAAUGUUGCCGAGUGCUUUCUGCCUCUCAAAACCUCUUUGUUUUACUUUUCCUUUCCCUGCAACUCCGCGUCCUCCUCUCUGGCUGUUUCACGUUUGAUCAAGGUGGCUCAGGGGUUCCCAACCUGAGGUCCCCAGAUGGACUACAACUCCCACCACCCCCAAGCUUGUGAACCCCUGAGCUGAAUAAUCGCUUGGCAUGAGCGGCAAGCUUCGGAAGUGCCCUCUUGAUAUUUUAGAAGUCAGUUCUGCUUUGGACAGGGCUGCAUCCAUCACAUGGCCCCUUGUGGGCUGGUGUUGGCCUGCCAUUGUCUCAGUCUUGUUUUCUUUAUUACCGUGGGAUUUUCUUUUGAGGAGGAGUCAGUGGUUGGCAAUCUCUCUGACUACAGAGUCUCCCCUGGUGUCAUGAAUGACUGUAUCAUUCCUUUCCUGCGGCUUUGAGGAAGCUGGAAGAGAACGGGUGAUUAAACUUCCCCCAAGUUACAACCAAAGCAAAUGGGAUAUAUUCCCUCCCCAAGUCCCAGUGCAGAAAAUGCCAGUCACCAGUGGAUUUAUACAGGUUCUGUGAUCCUUUGAAAAGAACAGGACUUUUGGAAGGGUUUUGCUCUGAUGUUUAGCUGUGCGGAUGUAGGAGACAGCUCUGUAGGGCAGCCCAGACUUUUGGGGUUUGUGUGUGUGUGUGUGUGUGCGCGCGUGUGUGCAGCUCCCCACUUUCUGUCCCCAAACUCAAGUCCCCACCAGUGUUCCCUCUAAUAGGGAUUCCCAGAUGUUGACUACAACUCCCAGAAUCCCCAGCUGCAAUGCCUUUUGGGGAUUAUGGGAGUCGCAGUCAACAACAUCUGGGAAUCCGUUAGAUGGAACACUGGUCUCUACCCCCCUUUGCAUUAAAAAUGCCCAAUCCUAUUAUUUAUAAAGUUUCUUUAAAUUUUUGUCCACAUAUUUGUACCUACUUGUGCUGACGUUUGUCCAACCCCCAACAAGGGAAGGGGGGAAAGGAAGACCCUGCCAACUUAUUUGUAUUAAAGUCUUGUUCUUUGAAGAA